ACUCGAGUCACAUAAGGCACUUCUGUCAGGCUCAUGAAAUGGAUUUGGUCUAUGAAAAUUCUAGUUUCAUACUUUCAACAGUUGCUUCUGCUGAAAAACCAUCUCAAUGCAAAGGUAACUCCACCAAAGAGCAAGAAAGUGAGAGAGAUGUUUAUCUCCCUAAGUGGACUAAAGUUCUUCUCAUUGUUUUUGCUGUCUGUCUGCUUUUUGCUAUUGGAGGUCUAUGUAUUCUGGCAAGAAUGUAUGUCAGUGUUUCAGUGCAACUGUCUGUCCAGAAAACUAAUGGCACAAUCAUGGCAAGAGAGUUGGAGGAACUUACAGCCAAUUACACCACAGUUAUUGAACGACUGUCCUUUUAUGAGGUUAAGGUAAGUAAGACUGAGGAACUUACAUCCAACUACACCAGCAUUAGAGAACGACUGUCCUUUUAUGAAGCAUUUACAGUUAAGUCUUUAAACUGUAACGUGAGCCUGACAGAUUUUCACAGAAAGUUGUACUUCUUCAGCUCUAAUAAAAUGAACUGGUCAAGCAGUCGUGCUUUCUGUGUUUCAAAAGGAGCUGAUCUGGUCACCAUAACCAGCCAAACAGAACAGAGGUUUCUGGCAUCUAAAAUUACAGAAUGGCACUGGCUUGGUGUUAAUGAUCUGGAAACUGAAGGACACUGGGUUUGGGUGAAUAACCAAACUCUCAGUGAAACUGGAAUACAGUUUUGGUACAAGAGGACAUCUGAGAAAAGUGAACCUGAUAACUGGAAAGAAGAUGAUCACAAUGGAGAAAACUGUGCAAUUGUGAAAAAUGAUGUCAACUAUUUAGACAGUUGGUUUGAUGUUUCUUGCAAUUAUGAGAUGAAGUUCAUCUGUGAAAAGAAAUAUUAAUUCAUCUCCAUCAGUCGUGCUAAUUAAUGAGGUCUAUUUUGUAUAUGCACAGAAAACAAGGUGCACAGGUUUUAGAUUUGCUUACUUAUUUCAUGCUUGCUUAUUUUGCUUACUUAUUUCAUUUGGUUUUGAUACCUCACACAUCACUCAUCUUGGAGUCAGUUUGAUUUUAGGUGCUUUAGUAUUGCAUGUGAAACAGCUGUGUACUCAAAAAAAAUAUUUAGGCCUAAAUGUAAGAUUGAUAUAUUUGCAUUACAUCGAAAAUUUCAAUCCAUUGGCUUUAAACAUUUUUAACAAACUAAUAAACUUAAUGUGAUACACGUUUGUCAGUCAUACAUACAUUUAACUUUCUGGAAAAAAAGGCAUUUUUUAAAUGCAUGAAUUCAAACUGAGAAUCAGCACAAACAUCUUAAUUGUGAAAACAAUUACAUUUAUUUGUUUAAAAAGUAGGAACAUGGUUUACAUAUGGGUAGCUGUGGAACAAGCAAUAUUCAGUUAUGAUUAGACAGUUAUGAUUAAGUUAGAUUUUUUGGUGACAAAUAUAUAAACUUUGUAACUGUGUAUUUAAAACACAUUCAGUUUAUUAGUGCUAUUACAGAAAUCUUACCUGUUUCUUAACUGUUUCAUUUAUGCAUGACAGACAAAUAGGCUAUGCAUUAUUAAUAUUUGUGUGUGUGUGUGUGUGUGUGUCUAACAGCUAAAUGAGUAAAUGUAAUGUGCGCUACAUCUAGUUUAAGCCUUCAAAGCCAUAUGAUAGGUUUGUUUGAGAAACAAUGCUGGUAGUUUUGUAUUUUUACAAAAUAAACAACAAG